AUGUCCAAGCAAAGAGGAACGGCUGCCUACCGUGGUUUCACCGUGAGCCAUCAACGUGUAGUUCUCGACCUCAGCUUCAACGGUACAUUGGUCGGCUUCACAGAGCUUACCAUUAUUCCAACGCAUCGUGGCCUUCGAACCAUUCAUCUCAAUUGUCGGCAGGCUUCUGUUCAGUCGGCCACAGUGAACAAUCAUCCCGCCGAUUUCUCCUAUUCUGAUCACCUCACAGGUGCUACCAUUUCAGAGACACGUGAUGUUCAUCGGUAUCCCGAGCUCAAGCGAAGGAUCUAUGCGGCAGCCUCUGACGGCGUACACGGCGAGCUCAGUAUCCUCAUCCCUCCUGAUGUGCAUGUUCAGACACAGCGCGCAGGCAGCAGAGACCCCAGUAUCGCUCCAGAUGAUGCACCUACUCCAGGUGGUACGUCUACCACCGAGCUAGCACCCAUUUCCGUCCGCGUCAACUACUAUCUCAAGAAUCCGACCGAUGGCCUCCAAUUCAUGCGUCCAACCGCGGAUGCACCGUACCGCGUGCCCCAUCUCUACACCAUCACCUCUUCACCGGACGCAGCACGAACCUGGGUUCCAUGCGUCGAUAGCUUGUGGGAGCGAUGCACUUGGGAGUUCGAGCUGAUUGUGCCCAAGUCGCUACACAUUGCUGAGGACGAAGAGGAGGCCGCAGCCAACCAGUCAGCGAAUUUACCAAUCGAGCAGGCACCAACAACAAACGUAGAUACAUCGGAUCCCGACUCGCAGGUGGUUGUUGUCUGUACCGGCGAUUUGAUGGAGCAAGUUACCCAUCCCAACAACCCUUCCAAGACAAUAUUCUGUUACACACAAGCCGUGCCCACCUCGGUCCAGCACAUCGGUUUUGCCGCAGGACCGUUUCACAUCAUGCGCAUCGAGGCCACCAACCGUCACGGUGGUCAAGUGACAACUGGCAUUGUGACUGAGGUCUCUGCAGGUGCAUCUGCCGUCGUGGAUGACUCUGGUCAGCCCGAGAUUCUUGCCUUUUGCUUGCCCGGGCGUGAAGACGAACUUCGCAACUCCAUCAGCUUUACACGCCAAGCGCUUGACUUUUUUUCGCAGCAGUAUGGUUCAUACCCGUUCGGUGCCUUUCGAAUGGUUUUUGUCGACGAGCCUCCGCAGGAUUGUACCACUCAGUCCAUGAUAGCCGUCUGUUCCAACGAUUUGUUGCAUCCCACUUCGGUCAUCGACCAGGCCAUUGAGAAUCGCCAGAUUCUAAGUCACGCCAUCGCAUUCCAAUGGGUAGGAAUCAACAUCAUUCAGGCGACGUGGGCUGACACGUGGCUUGUCAAUGGUCUUGGCCUCUACAUCAACGGUCUCUUCCUGCGAAGACUGAUGGGCAACAACGAGUACCGUUUCCGGCUGAAGAAGGACCUCGAUCGGCUUUGCGCCUGGGACAUCGGCAUGCCGCCUUUGUAUGAAGCGGGUGCAUUCGAGCCCCCGGAUGCGGCUACGCUGCCGUUUGUUAACCUCAAGGCUCCGCUCGUGCUUCACAUCCUCGACAGGAGGCUGCGCAAGAUGGGAGCUUCCGUCGGUCUUGGUCGUGUCAUUCCCAAGGUGUUUCUGCAAGCCAUGACGGGUGAGAUGACCAACAAUAUGCUCAGUACCCAGCUCUUCCUGCGAACCUGUCGGAAGGUCAGUGGUGCUGAUCUGCGUUUGUUUACCGAGCACUGGAUCCGUGGAAGCGGCUGUCCGCGCUUCAUCUGCAGCGCCAACUUCAACCGCAAGAAACUACUCAUUGAGAUGAACAUCCGCCAAGAAGUGCCUGCCGCCCAAUUUGCAGCCGCAAGGCCCGGCGAUGCUUUGGCUGCAAAUGCAGUGCCGCUGUUCGAGGGCCAAAUGACGGUGCGAAUCCACGAGGCGGAUGGCACGCCCUACGAGCACGUGCUUGAGAUCAAGGGACCAGCCAAAAGAUACGAAGUGCCAUUCAACACCAAGUACAAGCGAGUACGUCGAAAUACGAAGCGCUUUCAGGCCCGCCAAGCCGCCGCUGCUGCAGCUGCUCAAGGUGACCAGGAAGCGCAAGAAGCUAUCGGGCUCAUCGAUCUUGGAUUCGGUCUGGGUAUGUGGGAGGAUGAAAAGGCGCGAGAAGAGUGGAAGGUGGCCGAUUGGACCGAAGAAGACGAAGAAAAGAUGUCGUCAGCACCGUACGAGUGGAUCCGCAUGGACGCCGACUUUGAGUGGCUCGCCAGCAUCCACUUUGAACAGCCAGACUACAUGUGGGUCUCUCAGCUGCAACGCGAUCGCGAUGUGGUGGCACAGGUGUCUGCGGUGCAUGCUCUGGCUCAAAUGCCUAGUCUGGUCACUUGCAGCAUGCUUACGCGCACAGUGCUCGUCAACAAAUACUUCUAUCGUGUACGCACUGAAGCUGUGCACGCAUUAGUGCACUGUGCCAUCCCGCAGCUUGACAACCUUGGGCUCUUCCACCUUCUCAAGCUCUUCCGAACACAAUUCUGCCACGAUCCACCGGACGAAGCUUCCAUCGAGAACCCGCUCGAUGUGCCGUGCAUUCCUCGUGCGAAUGACUUUAGUGACGCUGCCGACUACUUUCUGCAGCGUGCACUGAUCCAUGCCAUCAGCCGCGUCCGCAAUCCUGACGGUCGCACUCCGCCACAGGUCAAGCGCUUCCUGAUCAACCUGCUGCGUUACAACGACAACUCGACAAACCACUUUGUCGACGAUUUCUACCUGGCUGGCGCCAUAAAUGCGCUUGCCAGCGCCUUUAUUCCGAUAGAGUCUGCUGUUGCGGCCACACAGGAUGCAGACAUGGCCAGUGAGGAGAGCUUCCUUUUGGCUCAUGCUGUUGCCGAGGUGGAGCGUUUGCAGGAGCUUGAUCGACUGGUGCCAUCGUAUCACAAUGUGAUCACGCUGGCUUCACUCGACUUUCAGGUAGCCAUGAUGCUGGCCAACCUGAAGCCCAAGGAUCUGCAGCUCUUCUUCACGUACACACGCCAAGGCAACUUUACGCCCGUUCGGAUUGCGGCGCUGAACUGCCUCCUGCUCGUCGGCAAUUUGGACCAUCGCGUGAUCGCGCGCUACUGCUUUGCGCUUCUGCGCCUCGAUGAGAAUCGCACCGUCAAGCGAGCGUUGGCGCGCGCAAUGUGCGAGGGCCUUGCGGUGGCGAUGAGCACAGGUAUGUUUGGUGGCGGUGGCUUGCGCGGACCAGAAGCGCUGCUAAUCGAAGAAGACAGCGGACAUGUGAAUGCCGCCGAAAAGGCCCGAGAUGCGCAGCUUGAGGCGAUGCUCAAGACGCUCAAAAAGGAGAUCGGACGCUCAGCAGGAGUGCGCGAAGGCUUUCUGUCAGCAUUGCUUGCUCCUAGUGUGGAUGUAGAAGCACGAUGGGCACUGUUGAAGCUAGCAGAGCUGCUCUUCCGCCCUGCAGAGGAGAAGGAGCUGCCGUUGCAACACAAGGUGCAACUCCGUGUCAGGAUGCCGAGCACACCCAACACGAUCGACGCAGCUCCGCUUGAGUCGUCAUCGAUCUCGAAGAUCAAGCUCGUUCGACCAUCCACUGCGACUGGUGGCGACGAGGCAGUGCCCACGACUCCUUCUGCCACAGCGACCAACGCGCCUCGAGUCGCGUUUGAGACUCCGGAGAAGCCUCCUGCUAGUGCGUCGGACAAAAAGAAGCUCAAGCCGAAGAAGGCCAAGCCGCUGGCACCAGGGCAGGCAUCGGGCAUGUCUUUUGCAGACUUGACAGCAUGCAGAAACACGCUCAAGAAACUCAUGCAGAACAAGUUUGCGGCCAUCUUUCUAAAUCCGGUGGACCCUGUACGUGAUCAGGCGACAAAUUACUUUGACAUCAUCAAGGAGCCCAUGGAUCUCGGAUCCAUCCUCAACAAGCUGGAUAGCGGGCAAUACAAGGACCGGCACGAACUGCGCGCCGACUUUGAGCUGAUGAUCAGCAAUGCCAAGACGUACACUCCUGACGCGAAAGCAUGGGCGCACAAACAGGCUGUAGGGCUCGAAAAGGUGUUUGUUCCACUGUGGAACAGGAUGGAGAAGACAUUGGAGCAGUCGGCGGCGCGUCAAAAGGCAGCUCAGGAUGCUGCGCUCGCCAACGAGCAGGUUGGAGGUGUAUCAAACUCUCCCGAACGACCUUCGCCCGCCAAGCUGGAUGCAUCUGCUGCGGCUGCGGCAACUGCUCCCGCAUCAGUUGGGAAAGUUGGAAAUGGGAUUGGCAGGGAAGCAUCCACGCCGAGCCCGGCGGCUCCCAAGCUUUCGCUCAAGUUCAAGCUCAAGACGAAAUUAGCAGGCGAAGAGUCACCUGCGCCGAUGUCAACUCCCACGCCAAAACCGAGAGCACCCGUGGUAGAGACGUCGGCUGCGCCUGCCUCUCCUCCUUCGAUCAAGCUGAAGAAGCCGCUGAUCAAGCUCAAGAAAGGCAAUCACGACGACGCUGCUGCACCUGAGGUGCGGACACCACCACCUCCUUUGGCAGCUAAGUCGAGUGAGGGAUUGGCGCAGAGCGUUGACGACGACAUCUUAGAGGCGCUUGGAGAGGUGCCCAAGGCAAGCAAGGCAAAGCCGAACAAGGUGACGUCGAAUUUGAGCAAGGUUGCUGCGUCUGCGUCACCAGUGCCAGGACCUACGGCAUCGCCAAGCAGCAACAAGAAGAGCAGGGUGGUAGCUUCGCAUGCGACUGGGGCAGUGAUCUCGAACGAUGUUGCGACAGGCUCGACCCUGGCAGCGUCUCCAAGCAAGGACAUUGCCAAAUGGGCGGAAGCCGAUCCGAUCGGGGCGACUGCUGCCAUGGCAGUGAACAGCAAAAAGUGCAAGGUGCUGUUACAGGUGCUUAAAAAGGCGCCGUCCUCGAUCUUCUUCCGGUUCCCCGUGGACCCAAUCCGCGACGGACUGCCGACGUAUCUGGAUGAGAUCCAGCAGCCGAUGGAUCUGAGCACAAUGGAGAAGAAGGUCAACCAAGGGGCGUACACGACCAUGGGCGAAUUUGCGUCGGACAUGGAGCUCAUCUUUGCCAAUUGUCGACAGUUCAAUCCGCCGGGUACGGAGCCGUGCCAGCAUGCGGAUGAGCUGGAACGCCUUUGGCGUAAAGAAUGGGCCAAGGCGGUGACGCCGAGAUUGGAAGCUAACGAAAAGCGGGCUCUGGUUGGACUAAUGAACCGACUGAAAACGCACCAGUCGUCGCUGCUGUUCCGCGAGCCCGUGGAUCCGGUGGCUCUCGGCAUCCCGACGUACUUUGACGUGAUCGCAAAGAAGGACGCGAGGGACCUGAGUCUGAUUGAGGCCAAGUUGAAGGGCGACAAGUACGACAGUUUUGCAGCGCUGGAUGCGGACGUCAAAUUGAUGUUGCGCAAUUGCUACACCUUUAAUGCGGCGGACGAGGCGAUUGUGGGGAUCGCAAAGGGAUUCGAGACGUAUUACAAGAGGGAGUUGGCUCAUGCCAAGCAGCAGGCAGGGGUGAGCGGGUCGGGGGAGGGCAGUGCAGGUGGAGCAAAAAGGAAGCUGCCUGCGAAUGGAACGGCCGCGAAUGGAAGCAAGAAGGUCAAGAGUGGGUGA